GUUCCUUACUGCCUGAUCAGUAUUGAAAUAUAAAAACGUUAAAUAUCGUUCAAUUACCUCUCUUAUAUUGACAAAAUUAUAACACUUCUUGAUUAUUUUACAGCUGCAAUAAAAUAACUCGAAAUUACAGUCCACACGAAGCGCAUUUAUUUAUUUUUUUUGCACUUUACACACAGGCAGAUAGUCCACCAACCAAACGGAACGGACGUCAGGGGGGGACCCCGCGAAAGAGCAGUGGAAUUCAAAAACAAACCAGAGAUUUGUAGUCCGUGUUUACUCCGAGCUAGCCGACUGUUACAGACACACAAACCCAGCUCCUCGUUUUAAAAACCACUCAUAUCAAAUGGACGCGGGUGAAAAGCACGAUUCCAGCACACACGAGAAAUCCGUGGAUAUUCCCAAACCGCCUUCCAUCGAGGAUUUCAUCGUUUUGAAGCCCAUCAGUCGCGGUGCGUUUGGGAAGGUCUACCUCGCACGGAAGAGGUGCAAUGCGCGAUUAUAUGCCAUAAAGAUGAUGAAGAAAGCAGACAUGGUUGUUAAAAACAUGACGGGCCAGAUGAAGGCGGAGAGAGAUGCCCUCGCUUUGAGCAAAAGCCCCUUCGUGGUUCACCUGUUUUACUCCCUUCAGACAGCCACCAAGAUCUAUCUGGUAAUGGAAUACCUCAUUGGUGGAGAUGUGAAAUCUCUUCUUCACAUCUAUGGGUAUUUCGACCAGGAUAUGUCUGUUAAGUUUAUUUCAGAGGUUGCACUGGCUUUGGACUACCUCCAUCGGCACGGUAUAAUCCACAGGGAUUUGAAGCCAGACAACAUGCUUUUAUCCAACGAAGGUCACAUUAAACUAACAGACUUCGGCCUUUCUAAAGUCAAGCUUGACAGAGAGCUGAGUCUUACGGAUAUUCUCACUACUCCAUCCUUGGCUAAACCAAAAAAGGAUUACUUCCGCACCCCAGGUCAAGUCCUUUCCUUGAUCAGCUCCCUUGGAUUUAAUACACCUGCAGGAGAGGGGAAGCGUCACUGCAGUGCGUCUGCUGUGUGCAGUCCCAUGUCUUGUGGCAAAAUCAGACAGAAGAAUAACUCUCUUGGUUCUCCUUUGAUGAAGAAAAAAGAACAGCUGUCCUCUCCGACCCGCUACCGUUGGAAAAUGGGACCCAGCAGCAUUGCGUUUAGUCCUCAUAACCUGGCUAAAAAUCUGACUCCCACACUGCUGAAGACCAGGAAGAGGUUUGAGACGAUGAGUGCAGGCAGCACCACCGACACCGAAGGUGGCAUCAGUCCACUUUGGGAGUGUGACGAGAAAGAAAACCAACAUACUCAUGAACAGAAAGGGAGAGGGUGUUAUGAGUCAAAAGGGCCUGAACAGGACUGUGCACCCACAAAACCGGAUACUUCUGGCUUCUCUUCUAACGCCACCGGCUAUCUGAUCUCAAAUGAGUCAAAUCCGGGCCACGUGACAGAAAAAAUACCUCACACCAACAAACUGGGGUCCGUUUGCACAGUUCGGGAUGAGUUUUGUCCUUCGGGCUCAUCUGUAAAGAGAAUGUUUUCCGAUGUUGAAAGAAGUCCCGAGCCAUUGGAGAUCCAAGCCAAGAAGAGUAACGCAGCCUAUAAGAGGUGCUACGAGAUUCCAGAAGAAAGUACAAGGUUUCACACUGGCCUGACUGGGACAUUUUCUUCAAUCCAAAUAGGUGACUUCAUGGCCUCCACAGAGGGGAUUGGGUUAGCUGAAGAAAAGAUCCCAAAGCGCUCGAGUCCCAUUGCUGUGGCCAAGAGUCUGUUUUGUGAGCUGGAGGAGCCAACGGAGGACGUGUUUGAAGAUGGAGCCAAAGACUUGUCACAUUCCAGUUUUACCUCACCACUUGCAGGGAACAGUGACAUUUGCAGGAGCUUGAGCCUCGACUCCGAUGGGUCCAUGCACGAAACGUCUCUCACUAUUGACAGCCGUGCGUCUCUCAAGCCAAGCAAGUCCUCCAAAAACAGGAAUUCUCCAUCAUUUGAGGAGCAGGAGGAAAAUAAAGACUCAUCCAUCACUGAAUCCCUCCCGCACACUCCAUCUGCUACUGAAACUCCCAAACUUGGUAACUUUGGCCAGCGAGGUGAAUCCCAUUGUUCCUUUCUUAACCGGCUCCCCGAUCUGGCCUGCGGUGUUGCACAGUCCCCCUCAUUCCUCAAGCCAAGAAAUGUCGUAGCUUUCCGCAGCUACUGCAGCUCCAUAAACCGCUCCAACGUGUCAGGGGUGUCUCGAUUUAGCAUCGGGUCUGUUGAGGCUAUGGAUCUGUCCACAACAGCUUCUCAUCACUCUGCGUCUGGCACUGCAACCCCAGUGCAGAAAAGACCCAACUCCAACAGCUCUCUCUAUCAGACUCCUCAGCCCAUGUCGACCUCUCACACCCCUUUCAGGACCCCAAAGAGUGUCAGAAGGGGUGGGCUGCCUGUUGAGGGUGCACCCAUUCUAGGAACUCCCGACUAUUUGGCUCCAGAGCUUCUUCUGGGAAAACCACAUGGAAGUUGUCAGUGUGACUGCAUGGUGGAUUGGUGGGCACUAGGCGUGUGUCUUUUCGAGUUCCUCACAGGUGUGCCACCUUUCAAUGACGAGACGCCUCAGCUGGUCUUCCAGAAUAUUCUCAACAGAGAUAUUCCCUGGCCUGAGGAAGAGGAGGAACUGUCUGUAAACUCAAGAAAUGCGAUUGAAAUCCUCCUGACCAUGGACAUGACAAAACGAGCUGGUCUAAAGGAACUCAAGUGCCACCCGCUGUUUGAGGGCUUAGACUGGGACAACCUGCAGAACCAGCCGAUGCCUUUCAUACCUCAGCCAGAGGACGAAACCGACACCUCGUACUUCGAUGCAAGGAACAACGCUCAGCACAUCACUGUGUCCGGCUUCAGCCUAUAGAGUUACAAACACCAGACGGUUAGGAGUUUUAUUAAAGCAGCGGUCAACAAAUAUUGGCUGCUGGUGAAGCGAGAAUGUCGUGCAUGUGGAUGAAUCGUUGGCCUUCCCUGUGACAAACUCAAUCGGAUCCGUUAUACAAAUGAAUACGCAGUAAUUAUGUGGAUUCUGAUUCAAGGUUGUAAUAUUUUUUUAUUAAAAAAAACCUUUUACCUAUGUGCAAUUACCGGUCAUAAGAGACAGAAAAUAGCUGAAUCUGUUGCCGGCUCAGUUAGUUGUGUUGUAGAAAGUAAACUUCUGUUAAAACUUUCAUUAUAUAGUUCCGAUACGUCUCUUAAGUCAGAUUCUUCCACUAGCAAAAUGCUCUUUGCUACUGCUUUACCUUUAUAAUAGGCUUUUGAUUUCCUGUGUUAUUAUGGUGUUAUAUUGAUUAAACACAAAAUAUAUAUAUAUGUAAGUUCAUGUAAAUGUGGCACUUACUGCCGAUACACUCCAUUUUUAUCGCACUGUUCAUCAUUGUAACGUUUCCCUGCUGUUGGUAGACUUUGAGGGGUUAAAUACUGCUAAAGAAAAUGCUAAUAUAUUCAAGAAUGAUUUAUUUUAUAUGUAAAUCUUAUUAAUAACAUUUUGUGUUGUUGUUUUAAGACGAGUUUGUACUAACAGGACUGUCUUUUUGCUGUUUUUAUGUCAUUUGCAGUUGUAAUUUUGACCUUUCCUGUCCAUUUUUCACACUACUAGUUUUUAAGAUAAGUUCACUUUGCUACCUGUGACAUUUUAUCUUGUUCACUCUAAGAAAAAAAGUGAAAUACAAAUAAAAUUGUUUGUAACAUGA